AUGCUCUUCUCGGCUGCUGCUCUCCUGGCUCUCCUGCCUGCGGCUCUCGCUGCCCCGGCUACUUCCGGUCCCCUUGACAAGCGCGCCCCGAUCAUCUCGGCCCGCGCUGGCAAGGUCGUUCCCGGCAAGUACAUUGUCAAGCUCAAGGAUGGUGCCUCCGAUGCCGUCGUGAACAAGGUCCUCGGCAAGCACAAGGCCGACCAGAUCUACAAGGGUGGCAAGUUCAAGGGCUUCGCUGGUGCUCUUGACGAUGCUUCCCUCGAGGCCAUCCGCUACCUCCCCGAGGUUGAGUACGUCGAGGAGGAGGCCGAGUUCACCAUCAACGCCGUCGUCUCUCAGACUGGUGCUCCCUGGGGUCUUGCUCGCAUCUCCAGCCGCACUCCUGGUGGCACCACCUACCGCUACGACGAUAGCGCCGGUGCCGGUACUUGCUCGUACAUUAUCGACACUGGUAUCUACACCGCCCACUCGGACUUCCAAGGUCGUGCCAUCUGGGGCAGCAACCACGUCGACAGCUCCAACACCGACGGAAACGGCCACGGCACCCACGUCGCUGGCACCGUUGGCGGUCGCCUCUAUGGUGUCGCCAAGAAGACCACCUUGAUUGCUGUCAAGGUCCUCAACGCCUCCGGCUCCGGCUCCACUUCCGGUGUCGUUGCUGGUAUCAACUAUGUCCAGACCAACUUCCCCAGCCGCAACUGCCCCAACGGCACUGUUGCCAACAUGUCCCUCGGCGGUGGCUACUCUGCCUCCAUCAACACUGCUGCCAGGAACCUCGUCAGCGCCGGUGUCUUCCUUGCUGUCGCCGCUGGCAACGACAACGCCAACGCUGCCAACUACUCCCCCGCUUCCGAGGCCUCUGUCUGCACUGUCGGUGCCACCGCUAGCAACGAUGCCCGCUCCACCUUCUCCAACUAUGGUGCCGUCGUCGAUAUCUUUGCCCCUGGCACCAACAUUCUGAGCACCUGGAUUGGUGGUACCUCCGCUACCCGCUCCAUCUCCGGUACCAGCAUGGCCAGCCCCCACAUUGCCGGUCUCGGCGCCUACCUCCUAACCCUCCAGGGCCGCCGCACUCCUGCUGCUCUCUGUUCCUACAUUGCCAGCAUUGCCACCAACAACGUCAUCACCAGCGUUCCCAGCGGCACCAUCAACAAGCUCGCCUACAACGGCGUUGCUUAA